AUGUCCGGAGUCAACUCCCGCAACCAGGAUUUCAAGCUCGAGAAGCUCUUCGAUGUCUCUGGCAAAGUUGCCCUAGUGACAGGCGGAGGCACUGGUAUCGGGUUGAUGAUCACGCAAGCCCUGGCCACCAACGGAGCGAAAGUCUACAUCUGCGGCCGUACCGAAGAGAAGUUGGACCGCGUUGCUGAGCUCUACGGCAAGGAUAUCCCCGGCCAGAUCAUUCCCAUCGCAGCCGACGUGUCCAAGAAGGAAGAGAUCAAGAAGCUCGUCUCCGAGAUCUCGUCCAAGGAGAAAUGUCUCUGCAUCCUGGUCAACAACGCCGGCAUCUCCGGCAACACGCAACAGACCGAAGCAGAGUCCGCCGACGAGAUGAAGAACAACCUCUUCAACGACGAGAACGAAACAUUCGAGAACUGGACAGACACGUACCGCACCAACGUGCCGCAGAUUUAUUUCAUGACGACCGCCUUCUUGCCUCUCCUGCAAGCCGCGCACCAACACAACGACAACUUCAGCGGCACGGUCAUCAAUAUCUCGUCCAUCUCAGGGAUUGUGAAGACCUCUCAACACCAUGCCGCCUACAAUGCAUCCAAGGCCGCCGCCAUCCAUUUGACCUCGAUGCUCGCUAACGAAGUGGCCGAGAAUGGCCUGAAAAUUCGCAUCAACGGUAUCGCGCCAGGCGUUUUCCCCUCGGAAAUGACGGCCAAGGAGAGCGGCGACGAUCAGAAGAGCCACAUUCCGCGGGAGAAGUAUGAGGACAAAGUACCCGCUAGACGGCCCGGUGAAGACAGGGACAUGGCGAAUGCGGUCUUGUUCGCGGCCACUAACCAAUACUUGAAUGGCCAAACUGUUGCAGUAGACGGAGGAUACAUUCUCAGUGCGGGGAGUGGACCGUAA